AACAACAAUCAACAUGAUGAAAUUGGUAAAAUAACAAGGAGUUUAUUGCCAUAUUAUUGUCGAUUUCAGCUCGUUUACUUUGUAAAACUGUCACUGACAGAAGAUUUUCGUCAGCUUAAUGAUUACGUUUUACCCAUUCUGUGAUAUCUAGCAGUGUUCCAAAUAUGGCAUCCGGUGCAUCAGAGUCCAAGGAGAAAUACAGAGUGCUUAGUGGCUGUUGCCCAGAUGAAAAAUGUAAGACAAAGCUAUUCUUUCCAGGAUGGGAGCCAAGCAUUGAGUGUACAAAUUGCGGGCAACGUCAUGAACAGAAAAACCUCCAUAACGUAGAAAAAGUAACAAACCAAGAAGUUGCACUACAUAACAUGUUGAAAAAUGUCCUGUUGGGCAACAGCAAACCAAAAAAAGGGACGGAUACCAUCAAAGUGCUUGGUUUAUCUAACUAUCACUGUAAACUUUUAUCACCGUUAUUGAGUAAGUAUGGGAUGGAUAAGACAAGUGGGAAGGCUAAGCUACUCAAAGACAUGGGACAGGGAGAACAGUUUGACUGUGGGGUGCUCUGUGAUCGCGCAUUCCACCUCGAUCAAGAACACCUUGAUGUGAAUGGAUUUGGCCGAGAUCAGACAAGUAUGGAAUACUUGGCAGAGACUUUGGAGGCAAUGAGUCAAGUUAAUGAAAACGAAGACAGGUUGAUUCCUAUUCAUGCUGACGGCGAUGGUCACUGUUUAGUUCAUGCUAUUUCACGAUCAUUAGUCGGACGAGAACUUUUCUGGUAUCCGCUACGUGACAAUUUACUCGCUCAUUUCGAAGAGCGUUUUUCAGAAUAUUCAGAACAUUUCAAGGACUUUAUCGACACAGAGGAGUGGAAGACUAUUAUUGCAGAGUGUGAUACAGCAUUCAUUCCUCCCGAUGGAGAGGCACUGGGAUUGCGUAAUAUUCACAUUCUUGGACUUGCAAAUGUUUUGCGGAGACCAAUUAUCUUGCUGGAUUCAUUGUCUGGAUUACAGAGUUCAGGAGAUUAUUCUGGUGUCUUUCUGCCCGCUAUGAUCCCAAGGGAAAAGUGCAUCGGUAAAGAUGGUCAUCUUAACAAGCCGCUUUGUAUCGCAUGGAGUAGUUCUGGACGUAAUCACUACAUACCAUUAGUGGGUCUCAAAGGUAAACCACAGCCACGAGUCCCCCGUUGGAUGAUACCACAGGCCUGGGGUCUACCAAAUGAGCUCGUCAAUCAGUAUAUUGAGUUUGAUGCACUCGACGCUUGUGUGAUUGGUGGCGAUAAGGUUCUACAGGAUAGGUAUAUCCAGCGUUUAUGCAAAGCUAUGGAGGAAGUGUUUGUUGAGAGGCAUGCAGUUCAUCCAUCGUUAGUGGCUGACGUUCAUCAGUAUGUCUACAAGAGUACGGGCAUUGUUGGUGUCCGCCCCGAGGAGGUCCUAGAGACAAGCCAGAAAGCGGUACAGGAGGGUCGCUUGUAUCGUUGCCUUCUGUGUGAUGCCAUAUCCGAGUUGACCAUCGAUCCAGAAUGGCUACAGAGCGGUGGAAUGUUGUAUAACCUGCUGGCAUCUGAAAGUGAUAGUCAUGGCAAGCUGAAGUCGCAUAAAACCUAUUCAGUACCAAGUCAUGGUUUGGUUUGUAAAUAUGAGCCAGAGAAGGACUGCCUCAUCCCUGACCUAUCAGCUUGUGAAUUGACAAAAUGUAAUUGGUGUCAUGGUGGCCAGAUGAGGCGUGUGAACCCAGAUGGCAGUCCGUGCUAUAUUAAUGGUGACCGAACGUCCAACAGGGCUGGCAAGACACGCUGUCAGUGUGGUUUCAAACACUACUGGGAUGGCAAGGAAUACGAUAAUUUACCUGAAGUCUUUCCUAUAAGUCUUGAGUGGACUGGUAAGGUGAUCGUGGAGAAGGUCGUCUGGUGGCAGUAUGAGACAGAUACGAGCUUGAACAGCAACGUCUUUGAGGUGGCACAGGAGCUAGUACAGAAACAUUUUCCUGGGGAGUUUGGCAGUGAACGUCUUGUGCAGAAAGUUGUUGACACAAUAUUACAACAGACGGCACUAAAGCCAGAGAUGUCAGAAUCAGCUUGCUCCAAUCUGGGACCAGAUCCCAUGGAUACAGGAUGGAGGGAUGAUACUGCUUCAAAAAUCAUUCUGACCGGCCAUGCUCAUAAAAGUAUACACAAAGAACAAUUGACGAUGAGCGAGACAGAAAAGGAAAUACGGCAGAAAGUUACCCAGAAUGCCGCUCAGCAACAGAAACGAAAAUCAAUGGAGUUAUCGCGAAUGCAAGAGAAGGCAUCUCAGUUUCCCCAGAAGAAACCGCAGUCUGGUUCAGACGGUCAGUCGCCAUCCGACUCUCCACUGUCAUCACCAAGAACGCCGCCAUUGACGUCACCACGGACACCGACCGAGAAGAAGAUCAGGCUUCAGACAUCAGACGGACGAACGAUGAUGAUCAGUUUGGAUAUGGCAUUAACAUACCACACCCUUCAAGAGAGGAUUGCAAGUGAACUAAACAUUCCGCUUGAUAAGCAGAAAAUACGUCAUGGUUUUCCACCAAAAGAACUAGCGCCCCCUAGUGAAGGGAAGGAGAAUGAACCCCUGGUGUUACAGCAUGGCGAUAAGUUAGCAGUGGAGAUCCUGCCCGGUGAAAAGCCUCUACAGCCGACAAAAACAGAGGAGAAGAAAGAAAAAGUCCCGCAACCAAAAUCUGAAGUAGAUCGUCCAACCUUCUGGCCACAACCUCCCUCUCCGCCACGUCAGUCAUGGGGCUUAUUUGAACAAGACGCGCACAGCAACACUGCAGAGGAUAUGCUCAGGGAAUUGAAUCAGAAUCGUAGUAAUGGGGACAGCCUUGACAAGUCGAUAGCCACUCUGGCUCUGAUGGCCACGCUGACAGGCCGUGAUUUCUGGGGCUAUGUCCAGAGUAUGCCUCACCUCUUCUCUAUCGGCGGUCUUUUCUACAAGCAAGUCGAUAGGGAUAUUGGUUUGACUGACGGGAAACACUGCACUUUGCCAUGCUUGCCAGGAAAGGUGUUUAGAUAUACCAGAAGAGAAGACCGUCUGGAACUCUGCCUGGAACCACAUGGACAUUUUCCUAUUGAACCAGGAAUUGAGCAUAAAGUAUUGAACGAAAACACAAUAUCUAAAUUAGGGCAUAAACUGACGCCAGGGGAGGAUGGGAAUGCUGGUGCGAGUGGAACGGCACAUCGACCUUUCUCCGGUCAAGGUCAUGCGUUGUCAUGCGGAGAUAAAAUGCCAAAGGACUAUAAACCAGCAAAUGCACAUAAGGCACGCUCUGUGAAAAGUGGCACGUUUUCAGCGGACCUGCCUGCGGCAAUCGAGGAGGAGUUUGAAGAAGGUUCUGACGGACUCGUUACCGAUAAGGCGAAAACUGAGGUUGACUUGGAUGCUCACCUCGAUAAAAAGACAACCAGGAACAAACAGCCGGGAUUGAAACGAAUUGGCCCCGGCAUGUCGGUGCUGGACCAGGAGAGUGGUAAUGCCGUCAACCACCAGGUGGAGUUCAUGAGGGCGAGAGCUAUGAGUAUUGAAGCGGCUAUUGCUGAGGAGGAGGAGGAGGAGGAUAUGACAACCCAGGGCUUACCCUCAGAUAUGGAACUCGGCGAGGAGAUGGAUACGGUGCUGCCCCCCAGUCCAUCAGAUAGAAACUGAGCUUCUGCGGCUGCUAAUGACAGGAAGGGUGCUGAUGAGAUGGACUGCUGAAAGGGAUCGGAUAUUUGUUAAACUCCUUCUGAAGACAACUUGGUAGCAACUCGCCUUUAAUUUGGUGAUAGAAAUUGUCCUGGAAUGACUAGAUGAAGAGUGCCAAUUCUUGUCCAUAGAAAAUUGAAUCAAUAUAUUGUUGAUGAUGUUAAGGGCCUGCACCAGUAUGACUUUAAAAGACCUUCUUGUGUAGUGUCUCUAGGAAGAGGGGAAAAUGUGGAACAUUUCUGUGAUAGGAAGAGCUAAAAAUAGACCAGCUGUAUAAUACAUGUAUCGUCGCUUGCCUGUUCUGCAGUUCAUAGUAUUUUUUUUUCUGUGGAAAAAUGUUGGUCUACACCCAACUCUACUGCAUAAAAGGAAGGUUGGUUGGCCAAGUUCUGUACAAAUAUACUUGUACAUUUGCAGCCUGAUAUGGUCAGCUGCAUGGGAAUCGACCUUGUUUAACUGCAAGUGUAGUGUAGUGUCCUAGUAGUAAAGUAAUGUACAUGUAUUUACACUAGGUAUUUAUUUUAGAGAGUGUGUUUGUUUCACCCAAAGGCAUGCGGUAAUGAAACUGCUCUGUUGAAAUGUUAUUCUAUUCUACACCAAUAUUCUGCAACUUAGAUAUUGAAGUAUCACAGGAUUUGAUGUGCUUUCAUUUGAAUGUUGAAAUGGUUUACAUGUACAUGUACAACAUUAUGUUAUAUGCUCAGGCUUUGUACAUGUAAUGCACCAAAUGUACUGUUGAUAUCAUGUAAAUGUAUACAAAUGCAGUUUAUAUACAGAAGUUUCAACUAAAAUCAUAUGAGGAGACAGCAGUAAAUGUCUGUGAGGUACGACAAAUCAGGAAAUAUUCACGAUGCCAAAAGUGGUCAAAUUUUCUCAUUUUCAAUUCGCAGUGAGCAAAAUUCCACACUUGCUGCCAAAAUCCAUUUUAACUCCCUCUCUUUCACCCUUGCGAUGUUUGGUGAGAGUGAGACAACCAAAACCACCUGUUCGGUAUCAGUUCCUUGAACAUUUAUUCAGGAUACUCAGUUACUUAAUCAUUGGCUAACUCCAUGGGUGUUCUUAUUCCUAAGAGGUGGUUACAUAUAAGCUGGAUAUGGGGAAUAUUUUUUUUACGAAAUGCAGCGUAAAUUGGCAACAUCCUGAACUUUUCUAGUAUGGGCUUAACAGUGUAUAGAUACAUGUACUCAUGAAGGAUUUUUCGUAUUUUGUUUACAUUUUGUGGCUAACUGUACUUACUUUCUGCAGUUUGUUAAUAGGCCAUGCAUUUGAAUAAGAAAUAGCAUGCAUAUUACAUCUUGUGCCUUUUUCUCAUUCAAAUGCGUAUAAGUAAAUUACUAUCUAAUUUUCCCGGUACUCAAUCACCUUGAGAUUUGCAUGCUCAUAUUAAGUGCUGUUGCUGCAGAAGAAAAUCACCGCUUUCUUGUAUAAAUGUAUUGGUAUCAUCGAGUAUCUAGCUCUCGACUGACCAUUUGUACAUAUAAAUAGAGUGCCAUCCGCAGUCUAGAAGACGCUUAGAUUAGCUAAAUGUGUAAAAGUUUUGCAAUAACCUUCAGCUGUGAUCAGAUUAUCCUGGAAGUGUCUAAUAACAUGUUCAGGCUUGAAAAUUGUGUUCGUUGCUUCAUGAUCAGUUUUGUCAAUUUGUUCCAAGGAGAAUAA